UAGAUCUUAGAUCUGCCCGCCCGCCACUUGGAUUAAUUGCCUUUGAUAGACACGAGAGACGAAGCCACGCUUCAGGGAACUCACUGCAGUGCCCGUUGCGAUGUCCGCCGACUGGCUAGAGCGCUGUCUGGGCGGAUACUUUCAGCUGCUUGGCCUGCGAUGCAGCUACUCCAGUCGUCGUGUGGGUCGCCUGCUGAGCAGCCUCUACCUGGUGCUGGUGAUCGUUGAUCUGCUGGUACAGAUGAGGAACUAUGGCAAUGGCGAGGAGCCAAUGGUCGAUCGAGCGCUCUUCUUUCCCAAGGCCAUUCAGGCGGUGAAUAUGUUCUACAAGCUGGUCCAUGCACUGAUCGCCCUCUUUGCGCUGCUCGGAUGCCAGCGGGAGCGUCGCCUCUUGCAAAAGCUGCCACCAACGCAUGCCACCGCGGCCAUCUAUCGACUGGUGGCCCUCGAACUGCUGAUGGUUGUGUACGCCCUGACGAUUUGCUUCAGCGAUGCCUUGAGCAGCGGACAGAUUCUUGAGAACCUGCGCUAUGUCUUCAGCUCCCAGGGGGUGCGCGCCCGCUAUUUGCAGAUGUUCCUGCUGGUCGGCCGCCUCCAGGCCCAGCUGGAGCAACUGCAGCGCCAGCUGAUCGCUUGCUCUCCGGACGACUACCAGCAGCUGCGCUCCUCGUAUGCCCACCUGGCGCAGUUGUGCCGAUCUCUGUCGCAGCUCUAUGGCCCGUCGCUGCUGCUGCUGAAUGUGCUCGUUCUGGGCGACUUCCUCAUCGGCUGCAAUGUUUACUUCAUGGUGGAGCAUAUGGAGGCGGCGCCUGCCACAUGGAUGGUCUUCUGGCAGGCCGUCUACAUUGUGGUGCCCACUCUCGUAAAAAUCUGGACAGUGUGCGCCGCCUGUGAUCGCUUUGUGGCCGGGUCGAAAAUACUGCGACAGCAGCUGAGCGAAAGGCGCGGCAGUACGUCCCAGGAGCGCUGCCAAAUCGAGGAGUUCGCCUUGCAAAUCAUGCAGGAUGCCCUGCAGUUCAAUGUCUGUGGCAUCUACCAUCUGAAUCUGCAAACUCUGGCGGCGGUAGGACACGCAACGGGCACAAAUAAAAGGCACUCAAAUGAACUCCUCUCCUCUCUCUCUCGUGUCUCGUCUCGUCUCUCGUUGCAGAUGUUCUUCUUUAUAUUGGAGGUACUGGUCAUAUUUCUGCAAUUUGUGUCCCUCAUUCAUUGA